ACGUUUUCACGUUGCGUUGCGGAGUAAUCGUCGAUUCCUGUAUUAGCGAACAUGGCGCGCGGGAGUAGUGCUGGUUUUGAUAGGCACAUAACAAUAUUUUCGCCGGAAGGUCGGCUUUAUCAAGUAGAAUACGCUUUUAAAGCUAUCAAUCAAGGUGGCCUGACGUCCGUGGCUGUUAAAGGAGUCAACACUGCCGUAUUCGCGACACAGAAGAAAGUGCCUGAUAAGUUACUCGAUGCCUCCAGUGUCACUCAUGUAUUCCAACUGACAGAGAAUAUCGGCUGUGUUAUGACUGGCAUGAUAGCUGACAGCAAGUCCCAAGUGCAACGUGCUCGGUAUGAAGCGGCUCACUUUAAGUACAAGUACGGCUAUGAGAUACCAGUGGACGCUCUGUGUCAGCGUGUUGCCGACAUCAGUCAAGUUUACACGCAAAAUGCGGAGAUGCGACCCCUUGGAUGUUCCAUGAUGCUCAUCGCAUAUGACAAAGAAAAGGGUCCGUGCAUCUACAAAGCUGAUCCAGCUGGUUAUUUCUGUGGCUACAGAGCUAUCUCCGUAGGAGCAAAGCAAACCGAAGCUAACUCUUAUCUCGAAAAAAAGCUGAAGAAGAAACAGAGUUAUGAUUACGAUGAAACUAUACAACUAGCCAUUACUUGUUUAUCUACUGUUUUAUCUGUCGAUUUUAAGCCAACGGAAAUUGAAGUGGGAGUUGUAUCGAAGGAUCACCCCAAAUUCCGUGUUCUUACUGAGCAAGAAAUUGACAAGCAUUUAACUGCAAUUGCUGAAAAGGAUUAAUAUCUUGUAUACAAUUCUUAACAAAUAAAACAGUGUGUUUGCUUAUCACAUUUUUUUCUAUUAUAAAUUAUAUUAAGGAUUUAUGCAAAGAAGAAGAAUGUCAAACGCUUUAAUAAAUAAUAACAUACUUUC